AUGCAAAUGUUUCAGAAGUCGAAUGGUCUUCCGGAACGGAUUACGUUCGACAACCAAGGUUUGACUGUACUCUACAAAGGAAACAAGAAGAAGUUCUGGAUUCCCCUCCUUCCCUCAGAUCACAUAAACGUUUCUGGUGCCACCUUAACUGAAGAGGAAUGCAAACUGCCUUCUUUUCACUGUCCCAGUAAGGGGAGGUUGUGUGUAUUGUCAUGUGAACAAUACCCAGAAUUGUUGGGCUCAAUCAGCCUCAAACUCAUGGUUGAAGCGCAGUGUGGGCAAGUCCUUGGCCUGCCAUCACAAGUACUCAACAAGCAACUGCACCCAAUUCCAGCUAUAUGA